UCUUGUCUUCAUUGUCAUGGCUGUGGCUGAGUUAGUCUUGCCCCGCCCUUUCUUGGCUGAGUUUGCAUUCUGGCCUACUAAAAAAUAUGACCUUUAUGCCAAUAGUAUUCAUAUUGCAUGCAUUGCUGCCACAGCUGAUAAAUCAGCAUGUUAAUACACCCCCUAUACAGUUACACUACUAGCAUAGCAUUUUUAACAGAAAGGUGACUUAAAUAUUGGUUAAAAAUAUAGGCUAAAUUUGGAUUUCUGGUUGGAUAGAGAAACAAAAACAACAAUGAGCAGUGCUUAAUGUUAAAGUAAUGAAGUAGAUCUAAAUGUGUCCAUUCUUUUUUGGGCCACUCAAGCUAGAUUUAACAGCUUCUUCAAUUUUAUUACCACACACAGCACUUACAAUAGAAAUGUAUUCUCAUUCUAUGUAUUUAUGCAUAAUUAUAGGUAACUAUUAUGACAAGGAUGGUAGUGGCUACUGCCUUAUCAUUAAUAACGAAGACUUCUCCCAAUCUGGCCUUCCUAUUCGGCAAGGCACUUCAAUUGAUUCGCUUGGAAUUAAAAAAGUCUUGGAAGACAGAAAUGUCACAGUUCGUGAGGUCUCAAACUGUACGGCUCUACAAAUACACAAUAGUUUAAGUGAUCUGAGCAGUAUAAAUGGAACAGUGUAUCAGUUUCUCAUUGUAUUUAUACUCUCUCAUGGAUAUUAUGGAAGAGUUUGUGGUGUGGAUGGAAUCAGGAUCAGUACUAAUGAUGUACAGGAAAUGCUGUGUGCUGCUAAUUUGCCUGAGUUUAAAAAUAAGGCAAAAAUUCUCAUAUUGCACACAUGCCAGGAAGAUGAAAUUGAAGAAUACAAUGACAGUCAUUUUUUCAUGAUUGAAAAACACUUUCUAGUAGCAUUUCCUACUUUGCCGCAUCGUCUUGCCUACAGACACUUAGAAAAAGGAACCUUUUACAUUCAGUGCCUCAUAAAAGUGAUUGAAGAGAAAGGAGAGACAGAAGACAUAACAUCAAUAUUAACAAUUGUUAACAGAGAACUACAAGGAGCUUUAGAAGCUGUACGACCAGGAUACACUCAAACAUCAGUGUUUCAGUCAACCCUGACAGACAAGAUAUACCUCAGAAGAAGGAAUCCUCAUUUAAUACUAAGAGAACUCAAUGAUGAUUUACAUUCAGGAUCAUAUUGUUUCAUAUCAAGUUUUGGUGGUGCAUCAAACAGAGCAACAGCAAUUAUUCCAAUACACAGAACUAAUCACUAUCAACAAAGCAGCAGAGGUGGAUCUCAAGCACACAGUGUUCUUGACAGUGUGAAAGAAGAGUCCUUGAAGGAAAAGUUUAAAACUCAACAGACACUGGAGAGACUCAAUUCUGAGAAUGAAAACGAGGCAAAAAAUGCAAGUAGUACUGAAACUACAGAACAACACCAUACUGAAAACAGACAUGAUGCUACAUUAGAGCAGUUUCCACUAGCAGUACCAGCGGCUUCCGAAAAUGAGUUUGCCAGACAAUCAUUGGAAGAUUGCAAAACUCUGCCCAGCAAUUUGUCAGAAGAUACAGCAGAGAGUAUUAAUGAACAAUCACAAACCCAAAGAGAUGAACAAGUACCUGGAACAUCUUCAAAUGCUGUAACAAAAACAGUGAAUCAAAUACCUAGUAAAUCACUUAACGAGGAAUUUGUUUCAGAUGAGGAAAGGAUCGAUCGUGAAGAGCUUUCCCCGACACUUCUCUGGGAUGACAUGGAAGUAGAAAUAGAAACAAAAGAAACAAAUGAAGAGGAGGAAUGUGCAACAUUAACAACUCCAUCAAUAGUGUGCUCAGUGACAAUGGAAGGAUGGGUCAAUGUACACACCAGCAAUAAUGAUCAACCAGCCACAAUAAAAGAAGAAGAAAUAGAAACUGGUUUCAUCAUGGCUACCCUUGUACCAGUAAGAGAAAGAGAAUUGCAAGAGGAAUGGCUAGAAUUAUACUAAAGCUAGGAUAUUGCAAUGUAGCUGGGCAACACUAUCACUUUUAUAUAUACUAUGUCUAAAUCUGUUGUUUUGUUGGAAUUAUUUUUGUGUGUAUUAAUCAUAUUCAGCUUUCAUUAUACUCUUAAUGCCAGACAA